UCCAAGCUCCUUGCAGCAAGCAGCUGAUCCGAGCUAACCAUUAGGCAAAAGCGAACUUUCUUUUCUUUUCCCAAGAGAUCUCCGUUCGUGUCUGUACUCAAGUGUUUGUUCGAGCCAUCAGCCAUGGCCUCCAACCAGGACAAGGCGAGCUACCGCGCCGGCGAGGCCAAGGCCCACACCGAGGAGAAGGCCGGACAGGUGACCGGCGCGGCCAAGGACAAGGCGUACGAGGCCAAGGACCGGGCGUCGGGCGCGGCGGGGCAGGCGACGGGGAAGGGGCAGGGCGCUGCGGAGGCCACGAAGCAGAAGGCCGGCGAGGCGGGGCAGAAGACGUCCGAGACGGCGCAGGCCGCCAAGGACCGGGCCGCCGAGGGCAAGGACGAGGCCGGCAGCUACCUCGGCCGCACGGCCGAGGCCGCCAAGCAGAAGGCCUCCGAGGCGACGGGGUACACGCAGGACAGGGCCUCCGACGCGGCGCAGUACACCAAGGACUCCGCCGUCGCCGGCAAGGACAAGACCGGCAGCGUCCUCGGUCAGGCCGGCGAGCAGGUGAAGAACGCGGUGGUCGGCGCUAAGGACGCGGUGGCGAACACGCUGGGGAUGGGGGGAGAUAACACCACCGAGACGGUCACCAAGAGUCGUCACUAGAUAUACCUCUCGCGGUUGCAUAUAUAUGCUUUUAUUUCCUUCAGUUCCUGGAGCUCCAGAUUCCUGUGGCGUGUCCGAGUCUGUCUGUGUGUGUCACUCAUGGUCGGGUGAGGAUGUCUCACUGACGAGUAUCUUGGUGUUCAGAGUUCUCGUUUUAAGUUCAGCAAUGGUGUAAUAAUAACUAAUAACGAUAAUAUAGCUAUUUCGUCCUUAAA